GAACCAUUGUGCGUUCAGUGUAUGACGCUAGUCGAAUCUAUUUGUCUGAUGCACCAUCUCAUCUUCCGGCGUUAAGAAAAUGGCAGUGACACUGCACACAGACCUUGGGGAUUUAAAAAUCGAGCUGUUCUGUGAACGUGCCCCGAAAUCAUGUGAGAAUUUCUUAGCCCUGUGUGCAGGUGGGUUCUACAAUGGCUGCAUAUUCCACAGGAACAUCAAAGGAUUCAUGGUUCAGACCGGCGACCCCACAGGCACUGGAAAAGGAGGGACGAGUAUUUGGGGACGGAAAUUUGAAGAUGAGCUGAGUGAACACCUAAAACAUAAUGUGCGUGGCGUAGUUUCUAUGGCGAACAACGGCCCCAACACUAAUGCCUCCCAGUUCUUCUUCACCUAUGCCAAGCAGCCCCAUCUGGACAUGAAGUACACCGUGUUUGGAAAAAUAAUAGAUGGCUUGGAAACACUGGAUGAACUGGAGAAGCUCCCUGUCAAUGAAAAGUCAUUUCGGCCGCUGACUGAGUCUCGUAUAAAGGACGUGACUCUUCAUGCCAACCCAUUUGCAGGAUAGACUGUCUUAAGCACACGAACACACAUCCCUAGACCUGACAUCUGCUAAUUUAGGUGAAAUCUUCAUUUAAGCCUCUCAAAUGUUUAGACCAUUUAUAAACCAGAGGCCUUUGAAUUCAGUAAGGCAUCUAAAGAGACUGUCACUGGAGUUUAAAAUAUAUUUCCCUUCAUUGAAUUUGGCAUGUAGUAUGUCCUCAAUGCUUGGCCCUUGCAGCUAUGUGAGCUCAAUAUGUUGGUUUUAUAAGUAAAUUGUUUAGUAUUUUGUACCAAAUAAACUUUUUUUUUUUA